AUGACUCGGCUUUUGCCGCCUUAUCACGAGGAGGCUCCCCGCUAUGAGCCUAUCAGUGUGGAACAGCUCGAAGAAGAGGGAUUGUGUAGGGAGUCAGUCAGGCAAGAUGUUGUGCGAGCGGGCCCGCCGCGCCACGCUUCAACCCAGCAGUUUGCGGUCUUGAAGCAUGCCAAGGCCGGCCCGCCGGUUGUCCAAGGUGUCAGCCUUGUGCCGACGCAUGAGCUGCCAGAUCGCUUCCGCUCUAUCUUUCCAUUCGCGCUGUUUAAUGCCGUGCAGUCCAAGUGUUUUGAAGCAGUGUACAGAACUAAUGACAACUUCGUCUUAUCUGCGCCCACCGGCAGCGGCAAGACUGCAGUACUUGAGCUGGCGAUCUGCGGUCUCAUCAACGGCUACUCCAACGGCUCAUUCAAGAUCAUCUACCAAGCGCCGACGAAAUCACUGUGUGCGGAGCGCCAGCGUGACUGGCAAGCCAAGUUCGGUCCGCUAGGUCUCGAGUGUGCGGAGCUCACUGGAGACACGGACUUCGCACAGUUGCGCCAUGUCCAGCAUGCCAGCAUCAUCAUCACGACUCCGGAGAAGUGGGAUGGCAUGACGCGAAAGUGGAAGGAUCAUCAGAAGCUCAUGCAGAUGGUCAAGCUCUUCUUGAUCGAUGAAGUCCACAUUCUCAAGGAAGACCGAGGCGCGGUCCUCGAGGCCAUCGUAUCGCGUAUGAAGUCCAUCGGCUCAGAUGUACGCUUCCUCGCCCUCAGCGCCACCGUACCGAACUCCCAGGACGUCGCUGUGUGGCUCGGUAAGGAUCCAAUAAACGCGCAUUUACCGGCCAUCCGCGAGCGUUUUGGCGAAGAGUUCCGGCCAGUCAGACUUCAGAAGCAUGUCCACGGCUACCAAGGACAUAGCAAUGACUUCGCCUUCGAGAAGAUGCUGAACGCGAAGCUGCCGGAGGUCAUCUCAAAGUGUUCGCAGCGUAAGCCCAUUAUGGUCUUCUGCUUCACCCGCGCCUCUAGCGUCGAAACAGCCAAGCUCCUUGCGAGUUGGUGGGCCACCAAAGGCCCGAAAGAGCGCCUCUGGUCCGCGCCACGGAGCCGCCUCGUAGUAAGCAACCGUGACCUUAGGGACACGAUCUCCGCUGGUGUUGCCUUCCAUCAUGGCGGGUUACAGAUCCAAGACAGGACUGCAGUUGAAAAAGCCUACCUUGCCGGAGAAGUCAACGUCAUAUGCUGCACCUCCACCCUGGCCGUUGGUGUCAACCUGCCAUGCCACAUGGUCAUUGUCAAAGGCACAGUAACUUAUCAGACGAACCAAGUAGCGGGUCUGAAGGAGUAUUCUGAUCUAGAGAUCAUGCAGAUGCUUGGACGUGCUGGAAGACCACAAUUCGACGACAGUGCAGUAGCUGUGAUCAUGACAAGGCUCGAGAAGGUGCAGCGCUACGAGAAGAUGCUCACAGGACAAGAGAUCCUCGAGAGCUGCUUACACCGCAACCUGACGGAUCAUCUCAACGCAGAGAUUGGGCUGGGUACAGUCACGAAUGUGGCGUCAGCCAAACGGUGGCUGUCCGGCACCUUCCUCUACGUACGCCUGAAGGAGAAUCCUGACCAUUACCAAUUGGCUACCGCCGCUUCCGGCCAUAGCCUGGACGAGCGUCUUGAGAGUAUUUGUCGCAACUCUAUCGCUGAGCUUCAAGAAAGCGACCUCGUCACAGCUUCGCCCACUCUCCACAGCACUGAAUUCGGCGAUGCGAUGGCUCGCUACUACGUCCAGUUUCCCACCAUGAAGGUGUUCCUGGGUCUACCACCAAGAGCCAAGAUAUCAGAGAUUCUGUCCGCUAUUGCUCAAGCGUCUGAAUUCCGAGAAAUCCGUUUCCGUAGCGGCGAGAAGAGCGUUUACAAGGAUCUGAACAGGAACUCUUCGAUAAAAUUCCCGAUUCCGGUCAAUGUGGAUCUGGCUGCCCAUAAGGUCUCAUUGAUCAUUCAAGCUAUACUAGGCGUGAUCGACCUGCCGACUGAAGACAGCAAGCACCGCGCUGAAUUCACUUUGGCGAAAGCGGUGAUCUUUCAGCACGCACACCGUCUGAUCAGAUGCAUCAUCGAUUGCCAGCUCCACCUUAACGAUGCUGUUUCCGCUCGUAAUGCUUUGAUGCUGGCUCGCAGUAUUGGCGCUCAAGUCUGGGAUGACUCGCCGUUGCACAUGAAGCAGCUUGAGGGGAUAGGCAUCGUGGCAGUCCGCAAGCUUGCAUCAGCUGGGAUCAAGGCCAUUGAGGACAUCGAAAGUGCCGAUGCGUCGCGUUUAGAGACGAUUAUGUCUCGCCAUCCACCGUAUGGUGCGCGGAUGCAAGAGCGUGCAAGAGCAUUCCCCAAGCUGAGAGUCACCCUGAAGGCUAUCGGUAAGCCGGUCGUUAAGAAGAGCGAGCACGUCUCGAUCAACGUCAAAGCGGAAAUCGGCUUCCUGAACGAGAAGACGCCGGAAGCCUUCCUCAAGCGAGCAGUCUAUAUCUGUCUGCUCGCCGAAACCUCCGACGGCCAAAAGGUGCACUUCGCCAGAAUAUCGGCGAAGAAGCUUGACAAGGGUCAGGACCUAAUCUUCACAGUUAACCUGACGAGUGCGAACCAGUCGAUCCGAGCGUAUGUGAUGUGCGACGAGAUUGCCGGCACGGCACGGCAGGCACUGCUUAAGCCUGAGAUUCCCGCAAGUGCAUUUCCGCCGCCGAAGACGGCCGAAGAGAUGAACAAGCAGCGGAGCCAGGUUAUUCGCGCUGAGAACUCAUCAAAGCGACGAGCCUCCCGAGGCACUACCGACAUAAGCGAUGAGUUCGGCGAUGCGGAUAUCGAUGAUGCAGACCUGACGCUUGCUGAAGGAACUGGCUUUGUUGAUAUUGACGACCUUCAUCUUAGUGGCGACAACGAAGGAGCACAGCGAAAGAAGCAGAAGACCUUUCAUGACGCCGAUGCUCCCCCAGAGCAUCAAGCACUUCGACUACCAAACGGUAACUGGGCCUGCAACCACGCGUGCAAAGACAAGACAUCCUGCAAGCAUUUCUGCUGCCGCGAGGGGGUUGACAAGAAGCCCAAG